CAUUUUCUCUGGCGUCGGGGGCGCGGCGGAGACCCGGCUCCUCCCGGCCGCCCAUGCUCCAGCUGCUCCCCCCCGGGGGGGAGGCCAGAAGGGGCCUUCGCCGUUCAGAUGAAACAGUGCUGUGAAAGAAACUCUUCAGUAGCCCCUCCUGUGCCUAGUUUGAGCUCAAGGUGUGAUGGGAGCAAGCAGCAGGCUGCUGUGUUGCUGAAAACCACGACUAGCUGACCCCGUCUUCCAGGCUGCGUGCUCCAUGCUUUGAGACCGAGGGGACCUUGGUGUUCUGAAAUGAAGAUGGAGGCAGUGGGAAAAGCAGAAGAACUUUUGGAUUCAGAAGUUCCACAGAAGGCUUCUGAGAAGCAGGAGACAGCUGCUGAUGAAGAUGGACCUAUAGAACUGGAGACACAUACUCAGAAAGACAGCGUGCCCACUGCAUCAGACUCUGCAGUGCUCUCUUCCAUGCCUUGCUUACUGAUGGAACUGAGACGAGACUCCUCAGAGUCUCAGCUAGCAUCUACAGAGAGUGAUAAGCCAGCGGGUGGUCGAGUUUAUGAGAGUGACUCUUCUAAUCAUUGCAUGCUUUCUCCUUCUUCCAGUGGGCAUUUGGCUGACUCAGAUACGUUGUCUUCCACAGAAGAGAAUGAGCCCUCUCAAGCUGAAGCUGCUGUGGAAGAAGAUCCUUCUGGGGUCUCUGGGGGUGCAGCUGGGAGGAAAUCCAGGCGAUCCAGGUCCGAAAGUGAAACUUCAACAAUGGCUGCCAAGAAAAACCGACAGUCUGUCGAUAAGCAGAAUGGUCGAGUUACCAAGGUAAAAGGUCACCGAAGCCAAAAGCACAAAGAAAGAAUCCGGCUGCUAAGGCAGAAACGGGAAGCAGCUGCUCGCAAGAAGUACAACCUGCUGCAGGACAGCAGUACCAGUGAUAGUGACCUGACGUGUGACUCGAGCACAAGCUCAUCAGGUGAUGACGAAGAGGUUUCAGGGAGCAGCAAGACAAUCACUGCAGAGAUACCAGAUGGACCUCCAGUUGUAGCUCAUUAUGAUAUAUCAGACACAAACUCAGACCCAGAAGUGGUAAACGUGGACAAUCUGUUGGCGGCUGCAGUGGUGCAAGAGCACAAUAGUUCCUUAGGAAACCAAGACCUGGGAUCUACCUGGAGAAACAGAGGGCUGCUGGAUGAGCUGGGUGCUGAUGCAGGUCGUUUGGAUCCAGGCUUCCUUGCAAGUGACAAACCCUCAGCUGGUAACACCCAGAUCAAUGAAGAAAUUAAUAUCACCUCUUCUGACAGUGAAGUAGAGAUUGUUGGAGUUCAGGAGCAUGCCAGGUAUGUUCAUCCCAGGGGAGGUGUGAUCCAGAGUGUGUCUUCCUGGAAACGUGGCUCGGGCUCGCAGUACAUUAACGCUCAGCAAACACAAUCAUGGACUCCCCAGCAGAAUUGGUCUUCUCCCCCAGAAGUAGUAGACCUGACUUUGGAUGAGGACACCAGGCGCAAAUAUCUACUGUAAUGCCGUGUCACUGUGUUUCUGUCCCCAUCCCUUCUCCUUUUGUGGCACAGAAGUCAUAGCUUCAGCUUCAGAAGCCCCAUUCCUGGCAUUGUGAGACUCAAGCUCAUGAAGUUUGUUGUUUUUUUUUUUUAUUU